UUAUCUUCUUCAGUUCUUGCAGCAGCAGCAGCAAUGGCCGACCCAAACUCAGCACAAGAGCCCGGAAAUGACCCGAACCCAGAUGACGAAUUCCCAGAAGAAGAGCCAGAAGAGGAAGAAGAACCCGAGGAAGAAUCCUCCUCUGACUCGGAUUCGGACUCCGAGUCCGAACCCGAAAUAUACACCCGCCCGGGGGAGGCCGACUUAGACUUAGACGAUGAAGAAAACAACACUCCGGAAGCUAACAUUAAGAGGUUCAUGAAAGUCUUGAUUUCGAAGAGGUUAAGAAGAGAGCAAGAAGAGGAGGAAGAAGACAUAGUGUACCACGAAGACCUCUUCGAUUUUCCCAAGGAUAAAGAAAAUUGGACUGAGGAAGACUUGAAGGAGCUUUGGGCUGAUGCUCCUGUGGAAAUGACCAAACCGGGGUGGGACCCCAAUUGGGCUGAUGAAGAUGAGAUUGAAACUAUUAAGGACAUGGUGAGCGAGGGAAGAGACCCGCCAAUUGCGCCCUUUUACGUGCCUUAUAGGAAGCAUUUUCCUGUGAUUCCUGAUGACCAUUAUGAUAUUUCCAAUCCCAAGGCCGCUAUUGAAGAGCUUGAUAGAAUUGAGGAGUUCUUGACUUGGGUUAGCUACAUUUUCCCCGAUGGCAGCUCGUAUGAAGGCACUGUAUGGGAUGACUUAGCACAUGGCAAAGGUGUUUAUGUUGCUGAGGAUGAGCUAGUCAGGUAUGAAGGUGAAUGGCUUCAGAACAACAUGGAAGGUCAUGGUGUUGUUGAAGUUGAGAUACCUGGUAUAGAACCUGUGCCAGGGUCCAAGCUUGAAGCAAAGAUGCGAGCACAAGGGAAAAUAAUAAAAAGAGAUUAUAUGUCUCCAGAAGACAAAAAAUGGUUUGAAAUGGAUGUUGAGGAUACUAUGAAAUUAAUUGGUGGAAAUUAUGAAAUCCCUUUUUAUGAGAGAGAUGAUUGGGUUAAACAAUUUGGAGCAAAACCGGAGAAAGGUCGGUAUCGCUAUGCUGGUCAAUGGAAACAUGGUAGAAUGCAUGGUUGCGGUGUAUAUGAAGUUAAUGAGCGUACAAUAUUUGGCCGUUUUUAUUUUGGAGAACUAUUGGAGGGUACUUAUGGUUGUGACGCCAAUAUAUCAGCUAUGCAUGCAGCCAUAGCAGAAGUAGCAGCAGCUAAAGCUAGGAUGUUUGUCAAUAAACCUGACGGAAUGGUUAGAGAAGAGAGAGGUCCAUAUAGUGAUCCUCAACAUCCCUAUUUAUAUGAAGAAGAUGAUGUGUGGAUGGCACCAGGCUUCAUCAAUCAGUUUUAUGAAGUUCCUGAUUAUUGGAAAAUGUAUGUGCAUGAGGUGGAUGAGGAGAGGGAAAUGUGGCUGAACUCAUUCUAUAAAGCACCACUGAGGUUGCCUAUGCCUGCUGAACUUGAAUAUUGGUGGUCCAAGGAUGAGAAGCCAGAAUUUAUUUUGAUUAACAAAGAACCUGAGCCUGAUCCUGAGGAUCCGUCAAAACUCAUAUAUACUGAAGAUCCCCUCAUCCUGCAUACACCAACUGGGAGGAUUAUCAACUAUAUUGAUGACAAGGAACAUGGUAUUCGACUGUUUUGGCAACCUCCUCUCAAAGAAGGAGAAGAUGUUGAUCCAGAAAAGGCUGAAUUCCUACCCCUUGGAUUUGAUGAGUUCUAUGGACGAGAAGUCAAUGUCAAAAAGGAAUCCUUUUUGAUGCGUCUUAUUACCUCCAUAGAGAAUGCAUGUAAACCAAUGUUUGACAAACUGGAGAAAUGGACUGAGGAGAAGAAGAAAGCUAGUGAAGCUAAAAUUGAGCUACUACAACAAGAGAUUGAGUUAAAAGAAGCUGAGAUAUGUCUGAAAGAAGCCAUUGAAGAUAUGGAUGAGGAAUUGAAGAGGAUGCAGAAAGAGGAGGAGAAAAAAGUUGAAUUAGGGUUGCAAGAUGAUGAUGAUAUUUUACCAUCUGAACCAACAGAAGUUGAGACAAUUAAACCCAAACAAGAGGAAGAGGACGAGGAAGAUGAGGAGGAGGAGGUGGACAACGAAGAAGAUAUAACUUCUUCCAGUUUUGGUACAGUUGGAGAUCAGGAUUCACAAGAAAAUGACCAGAAAGGAAAAAGAGCUGGAAAAUCUCCAUUUGCUGCUGCUUCCCUGUCAUUUGGUGGUUCUGGGCUUCUUUCUGCUGCUCCGUCCAAGCUGCAGCAGUCACUUUCAAUUUGGAAGCGGGGGAAAUUGGAGAUGAAAACACCUACUCCUUGUUCCCCUGUGCUGCCCUUUCAUGAGCUGCCAUUAAAGGGACAGACUUCAAAUGUAGUUCGUUUUUCACCAGCUGUUGGUAACAAAUGGAGUUUGAGAGUUGUGGCACAAAAACAUCGCCAAGGCACUCCAGUCACUAGAUCGCGCCUGAGAAACUGUCCCAAACAAAAAGGCUUAGCUAAAGAGAUAAAAUAUGGAGAGCAAAGCUACAAUAUAUUAUCCUUCCACACACCAAUACAAAUUUAGAACGUCCUAUUCCCUCUUUCACUUUUUAUUUUUUGGGUAGAAACUUGAUCCCUUUCACUCUUGACUUUUUGUACAAACACGAUCAAUUUUGUAAUGUCUGCGGCCAAUAUUUUGAGCAGAGCCAGUCGCUCAUUGAGAACUUCUGUUUCACUCAACUUUGUACUUUUGUAGCUCCUCACUUCGAAUUAAGGCAAUCAGAAACAUUCUUGAAUUCUUAUUCUUUUCA